CACCCCCCUCACUCUCGCCAAAAGGCCCUGUCAGUCAUCGUCUCUCUAAACUAAACAGUCGGUCGAUCGCCCCCGCGUCAGACCCCGAGAUUUUUCCUUCAGCACGUUUCUUCUUGUUUGAUAGUGACAAACGCCGCUAUAAACUAUAAACGCAACGCUUCUACACGCCUGCCCUCUAGCCCUCGCAAAUACCCAGGUGCUAUCAAGCUUCAUCCAUCAGGCUCCAGACAAGAUGGCUGCUGCGGCUCUGGACAAUGCCAACCCCAUCAUUCUGAGCGCCUCGCAGCUCCCAACCCGGCACAGGCGGUCCGCUCCGCGCAAGGGCCCCGACUGCAGAUACUCGGACCUGAUCCUCUCCAAGCCGUCGUACAUGUCUCGGCCCUUUUUGCAAGACGACGAUGCCCAGUAUCAGCAUGAUACAGCGGCGGCUGUGGCGUGGUCCCGCUUCGGUUCCGGCGCAGGAGGUGCAGAUGACAAUCUCUCGGCCGAGGCUAUCGACGAGCAGGAGAUCUACGAUCUUAUUUCCAACAUCACGGACCCUGAACACCCUGUUUCCUUGGGCCAGCUAUCUGUCAUCAAUCUUCCCGAUAUUCACAUUACUCCCUCUCCGGCUCUCGGCGUGCCAAGCCCAAACACCAUCGUGCAGGUCACUGUUGAACUAACCCCUACCGUCACCCACUGCUCCCUCGCUACCGUGCUUGGACUUGGUGUUAGAGUCCGGCUGGAGCAGGUCCUGCCCCCGAAUUACCGCGUUGAAGUUAUCUGCAAGGAAAACAGCCAUAGCCAGGAUGAUCAGGUGAACAAGCAGCUUAGCGACAAGGAGCGUGUUGCGGCGGCUCUGGAGAAUGACUCGCUAAAGAGCGUCUUGGACAAGAUGCUAGAGUCUUGCAUAGAUAAUUAAGUCGCCCAAUUUCGGAAAGCCCACCAGCCAAGAUUUCUCUACGCCACGCAUUGGCUAAAAACGUGGAUGCUCGUGCUCGUCUGUACUUGUACCUCAGCUUAUCCCCUGCGCUCUUGGCUCGUGACACUACGUCAACAGCCAACACAUGGCUUUUAGUUGAUAUUACCAGGGUCUAUAAGCUAAAUCUUCACGGAGCCAAAACGUCAGCAUCAUCCAAGAGGGCAACCGGAAAGCUUUGACCACGUUGAGAGACCCUCCAUGCAGCGCGGGUGCAGAGUGUGGUUGAAAAUCGCUGCCUAGAAGUAGCAACUCGAUAUCGUUACGGCUACUGCUACUCUACGGCGCCCGAUGGAGUAAGACAUCACGCUCGCCAACAUUAGCCGUCGCCAAAACGGGAGUUUAACGAAUAAACUGCAUGCGAGUAAACCUGGAGAGAGCGGAAAUGCGCACCCCCACCCCAAAGGCGCUCCUACUUGGAAAUGCGAUUCUCAAUGAUUCCAUACAAUGAAUCAUGUCGGCUUUUUCUUGUUAUUAGCGAGAGUUGAUAGAGCUUGGCCAAACUUUUUGAAGCUACCUUGCGUGGUCAUGGUGCACAAAUUACGCCUCUUUGCUGUUGACUCAUCAGGCAGUAUAGUAACUGUACUUCUACAGGUACAAGUACACACUACAUCAGCUGCUAUGAUAGAAUACCCAG